AUGAGCACAUCUACACCUAGGGUCACCCGUGCGAUGGCACAAAACGAUUUGACGAUUGUUCUUUCAGAGCCAGGUGAAGACAACUUACCCAAAGUCAAGAGAAAACGUCUUCUGGAAGAUAUAGACCAGCGCAAGUGUGCAAAACCCCGGCAAGAUAUAACUCCACCAGCACCAAAAUAUAUUGAGCUCAAUGAAUUAGGCGUGAGAUUUCAGAAGAUCAAGCUUUCUCAGGAACAAAUGCUACUCACUAUAGUUUUACUUAGGUCAAAAAUCAUGGUGAAAUGGAGUCGCGGUGAAUACUAUGCAGCUAUACUAUGCCUAAGUCAAAAGCCACAGGCAUUUAAUUUAUACCAAAAUAUUGAUGGCUUGUUUUACACUGUUUUUGACAACCAGGGAAAUGUAAAGGAAACGGUAAAAUCAGCAACUACGUGCACUUCUGACUUUGCAUACCUAGCUCAACAACCUGUCUUGCAGGGCGUCACUCAAAAGGAGCUUAUAUCAUCUAUCAGGUGGUCAGUACAGGAAUUGGACAAGCUGGAUAACACCAUACAGAGCAUAAAAACACAUAUCGUGACAGGUGCUGCUAUGGAAGAAAUACGGAGCAUAUGUAUUGAAAAGCUUCAAAGAAGCCUCUCAGAAUACACUCAAAUUAUAUUGGAAGAUGUAAUGAAUCACAAGGAGUUCAGAGAACUUGCAGACACCACACAAAUUUUCAAACAUCAAAUGGUGACUCACAUUAGUAGUACUCAGUUUGAGAAAUCAUCAAAGAUAUGCUCCACAUCUGGGUGCAAACUGGGAGCCAAGAAACGGCACAUCACAUCUCAAAAAAUUUCUUGGAAUAUUGAGAACUCAAAACCAAGCGUAGCACUCAAACAGCAGAUAAUGCAACAACGUCUAGACAUGAGUAUAUCAAUGGGAAUGGGAGAUUUAAGUCAUCAUCUGGAUAACCGGGAACAAGAUCUACAACAUCGGGUAAAAAAAUGGAAGCAACAAAUUAGUAAUUGGGAGGAAUCAAAAAGUCUCCUCAUGGCGCAGUCCGUCCAGAGCAAAGCAGAUGAGCUGCUCCGUGACAGCACAUUGGAAAUGAAUAAUCAGGAAUGUGAAAGUCUGAAAGACAAGAUACAAACCCUUCAGGAGAAUGUGACAUCCUAUGAGUCUACUAUGAAAUAUCGUGGUUCACAGAUUCAGGAGCUGAAUACCAAAUUAGACAAGCUAUCUUUGUUGGUGGCAUCGCGUGGUACAGUCCACUCAAGAUUUCUCUCCAACCUGCCAGAUAUGAUACGGCCAGCUGACCAGUGGAAAGAACUCCAAACAUACGCAACAGAGGUUGUGCAUUCGACUCUUGAAAGCUUGAGUGCAUCACCCUCAAAUGGAAACAAGGGUGUCUCUGUGUCAAAUAUCUGUCCCUUACCUAGUAAAAAACCAGCAUGGCUUCUCCCACUUCUCCCAAGAGGUAAUAUACUAGCCGUUGUAUACUAUUACUCCAUCUCCAAUUGUGACUCUGAGUGUUUUGUGUUUUUGAGUUUUUUGGAUUGGAUUGAAACCCAGCUCACCAAAAUCCAGGAUGUUAUCCAAUGGUUCCCCAGGAGGGGCAAUGCCUCUGGGAUUAGGUCAUUGAAUGAGAAAAACGACAAAAACGCUGGCGACAACACCGGGGGUGUUGAAGAAGAACCAAUGACUGAGCCUCACCAUCAUCAAGACUUCCGAACACCAGGACAAACAGCUGCCGAUGAAAGGACAAGUCAAGGGAGACAAGCACCUUACAAAGAAGCAGACACCACUGCGAUACCUUCGACCUCAGGUUCUAUUCGACAGAACUCAAUAACUCCUAACUUAGUUCAACGCAAGAAGCGCACCAAAAGACGUAUUAACCUGGACAAAGAACCAAGUCAAAGAGUUUCACCACGGGUUGAGAGGAGUGAUGUGGAGAGGCGUGUAGAUCAUUUAUUGGCCAAGUCUUUACAAAACCAUUUCCAUUGUCUUUCUCAGGAACACCGCAAUAAGAUUCCCCUCCUUUUGUACCCCUCUACACAAGAGCUGCCGGCCUUGAUUGUGCUUAAAGAGGUAGAUGAGUGUAAUAAACUUACUGAAGGAAGUGGCCUUUUAGGCCCUCACUCUAGGAAACUUCUCACUCCAGAAGAAGUUAAGCAAAUUGGACGUGAAGAGCCCAAAGAAUCCGAGGAGCAAGACAACAUAGCUGGGUUUAUCAGCAACCCAGGGCCCGACUUUCUCAAAACUUGUUGUGCCACAGCAAUGCGUUAUGGUAUAUCUCACAUUUCAUGGGCAUCUGAAUGCAAAAAGGAUCCGAAUUUAGUGGACUGUAUCAGAUGGAAUCGCCAAAUCCAAGCCCUUCGGUGGACACCUUUCUGA